UGAAAUUCCCGGCAGCAACCGCCAAUCACUGCGUUUGUUUAUUUCAAUCAGCUGAUUUUGACGUUUCUUGUGACUGUUUCAAUGAAUAAACCAGUGAUUAUAAGUGGUGAGGCUUCAGAAACCGAUAGCGAGGAUGAAGCACCAAAAAAUAAGCCCCUGGCUGUGACAGCCCCCAUCCAAGGCGCUGUGAUCACAGGGGAGGAUUCAGAGUCGGAAAAUGAAAACGACGCCAGUAUUUGCAGUGCUGUCUCGGCACUCAACGAAACAAAUUCGACAACAAAAACGCAAAACUGUGAUAAGUACGACUCGCUUUUGCACCAGAAAUUACGCGAAUGUAACGGAAAGUUGCAUCAGGACAUUGAAGGGUUCUGUCAGGGCGUCAUAGGGGAGAACGGCAAAAACUUGGCUUCGAUUGACCAACAGUUGAUAAAGUCUCAACUGACGUUGCAAAAUGCAGUCACUUCGUUGAAAUCUCUCGGCGCAAACUCUCUUUCCAUAAAAAAUAAGCUGCAUUCUUUGCUCUCCGCACAGUUUAUCCCAAAUAUUAAAGUCACCAAAUAAAUGUACAGUCUUUUCUGAAUUGAGUACGGUGGAAUCUCCUAUAAGCGGACACCGACGGCGAUAUGGUCUUUGUCCGGUUAAGGGAGAUGUCCUCUUAAGAGGUUCUGGCACUUAUAAAGUAUAUCCUUUAAGAGAGUUUACUGUACUUAGUUUAGUUGUUGUUCCUUGAAUUAAUGACGAGAGAUAGUCGAUGUAUUUUAUUAUUAUUGGACAAAAUAUAGCAAAUUUACGUUA